GCGAUCUGCACCGCGUUGCCCACUGCCCUGCUCUCACACACUGAGCGCGUCCGACUGUCCCCGUUCCUCUUUUCGCUUCGAGUUUUCCGUUCUGUGCACAACUUAUACACGCUGCGAACCUGCGAAAGAGAGAGAGGGAGAGGCAGAAAGAGAGAGAUAAAAAGGAGAGAGAGAGGUCAUCGUGCUCUGCUUGAAUCCGGUCUCUCUAAAUUCGUGAAGAUGCUAAAAAUAUCCGUGGUGCUUAUUUUGGUGGCAUUGGGACGGUGCCGUGUCCUCGCCGGGAAAGUGAAUAAACACAAGCCUUGGAUAGAGACAUCCUAUCAUGGAGUAAUAGCUGAGAACUCGGACACUGUCCUUCUGGAUCCUCCCUUGGUGGCUCUCGACAAGGAUGCGCCUGUCCCCUUUGCAGGUGAGAUCUGCGCGUUCAAGAUACACGGACAGGAGGCCCCGUUCGAGGCGGUGGUUCUCAACCGGACGUCCGGGGAGGGAGUACUGCGGGCGAAGAGCCCCAUCGACUGCGAGAUGCAGAAGGAGUACACCUUCGUCAUCCAGGCCUACGACUGUGGCGCCCCACCCAGCGGAGCUGACUGGAAGAAGUCCCACAAGGCCGUGGUGCACAUCCAGGUGGACGAUGUGAACGAGUUUGCCCCCGCCUUCCGGGAGCCGGCGUACCACGCGACGGUGACGGAGGGCAGGAUCUACGACAGCAUCCUGCAGGUGGAAGCCUGGGACCAGGACUGCUCGCCCCAGUACAGCCAGAUCUGCAACUACGACAUCAUCACCCCGGACACACCCUUCGCCAUCGACCGCAACGGCAACAUCAGGAACACAGAGAGGCUGAGCUUCGACAAGCAGCAGCGGUACAAGAUCCUGGUGACGGCGUUUGACUGUGGCCAAAAGAGGGCGACGGAGAGCGCAGUGGUGCGCAUUGACGUCAAACCUGUCUGCAAGCCUGGCUGGGAAGGAUGGAACAAGCGAGUGGACUACGAGCCAGGAACUGGCAGCAAGCAGCUUUUUCCCAAGAUGCACCUGGAGACAUGUGACAGCCCCCUGUCUGCGGUGAGAGCCACGGUGGAGCUGCAGACCAGCCAUAUUGGGAAGGGCUGUGACCGCGAGACAUACUCCGAGAAGUCCCUGCAGAAGCUGUGCGGCGCUGAGUCUGGUAGCACCGACCUGCUCCCCGCCCCCAGCGCCUCCACCAACUGGACGGCCUCGCUGGUGACGGACAGCGGCCGGGACAGCGACCUCAUCUUCCGCUUCGACGGGCGGCAGGCGGCCAACGUGCCGGACUGGGUGGUGCCCCAGAACCUGACGGACCAGUUCACCAUCGCCACCUGGAUGAAGCACGGGCCGAGCCUGGGCCCGCGGGCCGAGAAGGAGACACUGCUCUGCAACUCUGACAAAACUGAAAUGAACAGACACCACUACUCCCUGUAUGUACACCACUGUAGGCUGGUUUUCCUCCUGAGGAGGGACUUCACCCAGGUGGACACCUUCCGGCCAGCCGAGUUCCACUGGAGGCUGGAGCAGAUCUGUGACCAGGAGUGGCACUACUAUGUAAUCAACGUGGAGUUUCCCCUGGUGACCCUCUAUGUGGACGGCGUGACCUACGAACCCUACCUGGUGACGGAUGACUGGCCCAUCCACCCCUCGAAAAUUGACGUCCAGCUGACAGUGGGCGCCUGCUGGCAAGGUGGCGAGGUGACGACGCCCCGCUUCACGCAGUAUUUCCGCGGGAGUCUCUCAGGCCUGACCAUCCGCCCAGGGAAGAUUGAGACCCAGAAGGUGAUCUCCUGCCUGCAGGCCUGCAAGGAGGGCCUGGACAUCAACUCCCUGGAGAGCCUGGGCCGAGGCAUCAAGUUCCACUUCAACCCGGCCCAGUCGAUCCUGGUCAUGGAGGGGGAUGACCUAGACAGCAUCAACGUGGCCCUGACCAAGGUGUCCUACAUCAACUCCCGCCAGUUCCCCACGCCCGGGAUUCGCCGGCUCCGCAUCUCCACCUCCGUGCAGUGUUUCGGCGAGGACACGUGCAUCUCGAUCCCGGACAUCGAGGCCGUGGUGAUGGUCCUGCCGCCCAGCGAGCCCCGCAUCACCAUCGCCGGGGCGGAGCGGCUGACUCAGCCGGCCGCCGACCUGCGCAGCCCCGCAGGGCUGGCCCUGUUCCAGGACCUGCGUAUCAUCAGCACGGUCACCAAGAGCGAUGCGGCUGCCCACAGCCCAGGCCACAGGCCAGGAGUCAUGGAGAUCCUCCAUAACCUGGAUUAUUGUGACGUGCUGGUGAUUGGAGAGGAGCUGGAUCCGGAGCGUGAGAGCCUGUACGUACCUCGCACAGCCCUGCUGGGGAAACACCUGGACGCCACCAACUCCACCUCUGGCAUCUCCAUCUAUGGUGUGGACUCCAUGUCACAUUACGAGCAGGCCAUCCGGCAGGUGCGGUACCGCAACUGGCGCCCGGCCAGCCUCCAGGAGCGCAAGUUCUGCGUCACCUGCUCGGAGCUCAACGGACGCUACACCAGCAACGAGUUCAACCUGGAGGUCAGUGUGCUCCAUAGCUCAGGGGUCAGUCAUAUGGAGCAUGUCAAUCAUAUGGCUGUCCAGUCACAGUACAUGCGGGCUGUCCAUCACCCUGUUGUGGUGCACAGUCUGAACUCUGUCCACAGCUCAGGCACACCCCCUGUGGCUACUGUUGUGAUUGUGAUGUGCAUCGCCGCCCUGGUGGUCAUCGUGGUUCUGGGCAUCUACCGGAUCCACACAGCCCACCAGGACAGCUCCAAGAGCGAGGAGGCCGACGGCAAGGACGCAGACGUCGACUGGGACGAGUCAGCCGUCACCAUCACCGUCAACCCCAUGGAGAACAUCAAGGAGUCACCGACUGCUGGCGAAGAGGCCGCCGAGGAAGAGGAGGAGGAGGAAGAGGAGGAGGAGGAUGAAGAGGACGAUGGGCUGGAGGAUGACAUCACCAGCAUGGAGUCUGAAGACAGCGAUGAUGAAGACGUGGGAGCCCGCAGGGGGACACGGGAGGGAAAGAGCAAGGGCCGGCUGGAGUGGGACACUACGUUACCUUAGAGCCGGCGGGACGCACACACACACGCACACACACAUACUCAGAUGCACGUUCACAACAUCUAUGCCUGCCAACUCAAAUUAAAGCGACCAAUUCAUUUGGCAGACUGCCAGGUCUCAAACAUUUUGCAAACCAAUCCAGUUUGCGCUCAUACAUUUUAGUGCAAUCACUCCCUCUGCUGAUUGAUCUGGUGUACUGCACCACAAAUUCACUGGUACCAAUUGUAUACAAAGGACCAGAUUGAAUCAACAUUGAUCCUUAAAUUUGAUGAACAAUAUAAAUGCAAGUUUUAGUUUUCAAUACAAACACAUUAUUUUUUUUUUUGUCAUUAAUGCUGGUGACUGCUGAAUUCACCAAACUGUGUUUGUUUUAAGUACCACUUGCUAAACGCUUGCGUUUAAUUGUGAAUCAGAGUUCAUGUCGAUUGAAUCCAGGCCUGACUGUGAGUGAUUUCUUUAUUCUCUGGGUCAAAAGCCAAGUGAGCUUGGGCACUUCCAAACAGAUUGUCAUCAGAAUGCUCCCAUUAUUUUGCAGCAAGUUACAAGGAGAAGCGGUUUUGAGUAAACAAACAAAAAAAAAAAAAAAU